UCUUCAACUAUACAUAAAUAUAAAUCUGUUUAUUGGUGAAAGUGUAGCAAGUGACCCCGGGAGAAGAAUUUCAAGUUCAAUUUUAUUGCUAAAAAAGGAGAAAGAUUUUGCUUGUUUUUGAAAUACAAAGUGCAAUGGAAGGAAUUGAAGAUUUAUCUCAGUACACAGCAGAAGCUCUUAAACAUAUGGACAGAUUCAAUCCGACAGUCGACAAGUUCCCUAUAUGGCUAAAUAAAUUUGAAACUGGAGUCUUUUUACUUGGAGUGAAAGAUGAAGAAAAGGUUCCUUUCUUAAUAGAUAUAAUACAAAUAAUUCCUUAUAAAAUACUUAAAAUUCGCUGCGGUUCUGAUAACCCCUUGGAUUUUCCAUACUCAGUAUUAACAUAUAAGUUAACGGAAGAUUACUCCGGGCGUGAAAGCUGUUCUUUGGCAAUGUAUCGUUUUUUCAAUCGAGAUCAAAUGCCUGAAGAAACUGUGUCUCAGUAUGUUCUCGCUUUAAAAAUUCUAGUGAUUACAUGCUGUUUUCACAAUCAGGAAAAAGCUCAGAUGUUUAAAAAGUUUAGCACUGGGUUAAAAAGUCAAAAAGCUAGAAAUACGAUCAAAAAAUUACAAAUCGAUGAAACAUCAGAAAAAGUGUAUGAAGAAUUGUUUGAAUGUGCUUUAGCAAUCGCCCUGGAAUGCGAACGUAUAGAGACGCAACAAUGGAUUUACAAUUAAUUGAAAGUGGUAUAUUAUGACCUGAAAUUGACUACAAAUAACCAGAAAUUAAAAAAAAAAU